UGUUCUCCCUCUCCAUUCGACGGCGGCAGAAUUCUGUGACUGCGACUUUAGGGUUUAGGAGAUUUGGUGGGAAGGAUCAUCGGUUUUAAGCAAUGUCUCCGGCCAAAGUUGAUAGCACCAAAAAGGUCGAUCCCAAGGCCCAAGCCGUGAAGGCUGCAAAGGCCGUGAAAUCUGGCCAGAUCGUUAAGAAGUCGGCAAAGAAGAUAAGGACUAAGGUGACAUUCCACAGGCCAAAGACAUUGACAAAGGCGAGAAACCCUAAGUACCCACGAAUCAGCGCACCACCGAGGAACAAGUUGGAUCACUACCAAAUCCUAAAGUAUCCUCUAACCACCGAAUCUGCGAUGAAGAAGAUUGAGGACAACAACACCCUUGUGUUCAUCGUUGACAUCCGUGCUGACAAGAAGAAGAUCAAGGACGCGGUCAAGAAGAUGUACGACAUUCAGACAAAGAAAGUCAACACCUUGAUCAGGCCCGAUGGAACAAAGAAGGCGUAUGUGAGGCUCACUCCUGAUUACGAUGCUUUGGAUGUGGCUAACAAAAUAGGCAUCAUCUAAGCUGUUGUCGCUGCAAUAUCUCUUUUAAACAUUGAAUCAGUUUUGUUAGAGAAUUAUAUGUUUUCAUUACAUCAUGUGAUCAAGUGUGUGACGAGAAAUGACCAUACGUUCUCAUUUCAUUUGCUUCAUCGUUUCAAGGCGUCUCUUU